UAAUCUUUAGGAACACCAGACGAAGUUGCUUUCCCCUCUCACCACCGAUCUCCGCUUCUCACUCUCACUCUCGCUUUCAGCUCUCUUUCUCUUUCUAUCUCUCUCGUGCUCUAGAGGAAGAGAAAGCGGGGAAAUGGGGGGGCCGCUGGGGGCGAUCAUAGGGAGGUAUCCGACGGCGGAGAGCGGCGGCGGAGGCGGAGGAAGCGACGGAGAGAGGGGACGCGGGAUCGUAAGGAAGAACAGGAAGUGCAGGGAUUUGGUGUUCCUCGUCAUCUUCAUCGCCUUCUGGGUGGCCAUGAUCGUCAACUCCAGCUUCGGAUUCAACCAAGGAAACCCACUUCGGCUCACAUAUGGACUGGACUACAAAGGAAAUAUUUGUGGCAACAAACAUGCUAACCCAGAUUUACGUGCACUGGAGGUUAGGUACUGGCUGAAUCCCAACCAGGUCUACCAAAGUGGUUUGAAGAGUAGCCAGUUCACUCUGGCUGAUGCCAAGAGUAUUUGCUUGAUGGAAUGUCCCAUUCCUUCGGAAGAUGGCCUCAACUUCAUUUGUGAUUAUCCAGAGGGUGGCAUUCACCUCUCAGUGGAUGACUGGAUUGACAGGAACUAUGAUUAUUUUGAGUUUCUCACGCCAGAUAUGAGGAAUAGUUCUCUCCAACUCCAAGGUCCAUGUUACCCUAUAGUAUUUCCAAGUGUAAAUGUUUACUGGAGCUGCCAAUUCAUAGCACGUGCAUCCAACAUUUCUUUGAAGCAUUGGCUGCAGAUGGGUGGUGCAGCCAUUGAGGAGAACAUGCUAAUAGAUAAGACGAUUCACAGAGUGAUCAAUUCUCCAUCUGCUGUCUUAAAGAGAUACGUGGCAGAUAUUGGGAAGGCAUGGCCUGUGUUGAUUGUUUGUGGAGGAAUCUUGCCAUUAUUUUUAUCUGUGAUCUGGCUAUUAAUGAUUCGCCACUUUGUUGCUGGAAUGACAUGGAUAACAGUGAUUCUCUUCAAUGCCCUUAUAAUAUCUGUUACAAUGUUUUACUACGCAAAAGCUGGAUGGAUUGGACAUGAUGCCAUAUCGGUUGUCAUUGGUGAGAGUGAUCCAUAUGUCAACAUAAGUGGGAGGGAAAUUAAUCACAUUCGUGCAGUAGCUGUUCUUAUGACGAUUGUAAUGAUUGUCGCAUUCCUCUCUUCAAUAGCCAUCAUCCGUCGUAUUCUCAUAGCAACAUCUGUUCUGAAGGUUGCUGCAAAGGUCAUAGGCGAAGUUCAGGCUCUUAUAAUUUUCCCAAUUUUGCCAUAUUUUAUCCUUGCAAUCUUCUAUAUGUUCUGGCUUUCUGCUGCACUCCAUCUUUUCAGCUCUGGUCAGAUACUCAAAAAUGAUUGUAAUGCCAAUUGCUGUUCAUAUGACCUGAAGUCCACCAGAGUGAAUUGUGAUAGUUGUUGUGGCUACAGCAUCCAUUACACCCCUCAUAUUGGUAUCUCCAUCCUUUUUCACCUAUUUGGAUGUUACUGGGCAACGCAGUUCAUCAUUGCAUGCUCUUCAACUGUUAUCGCUGGAUCGGUUGCCUCUUACUACUGGGCUCGUAAUGAAAUUUCGCAGGAGAUUCCAUUUCUCCCUGUAUUUUCUUCUCUGAAGCGGCUUUUGCGUUACAGUCUUGGAUCUGUGGCUCUUGGUUCACUGAUUGUGUCCAUUGUUGAGUGGGUUCGGUUUAUACUAGAGUCACUUCGCCGCAGGUUAAAACUUGCUGACACUUCUCCUGAAAGCCUAAUGGGAAAAAUGACGUCCUCUUCUUCUCAGUGCUGCCUAGGGUGCAUUGAUUGGACCAUCAAGUCUGCUAAUCGGAAUGCAUACAUCAUGAUUGCUAUCACCGGCAAAGGGUUCUGCAAAGCAUCUGCAAUUGCUACAGGUCUAAUUAUGAAUAAUAUAUUGCGCAUUGGAAAAGUAAAUGUCAUUGGAGAUGUUAUUCUUUUUCUUGGGAAGUUAUGUGUCAGCCUCUUCUGUGCGCUAUUUGCAUUCCUCAUGUUGGACACUCACAAAUACAAAUCUGCCCACAACAAGGUUUCAUCUCCUUUGUUCCCUGUUCUGGCGUGCUGGGGCCUUGGUUAUGUAGUUGCAACCCUCUUCUUUGCAGUUGUGGAGAUGUCGAUCGACACCAUCAUCCUCUCCUUUUGCCAGGAUGCAGAAGAGAAUCAAGGGACCGCGCAAUAUGCACCUCCACUUCUCAUGGAGACACUGGAUGGCCCAAGCGAAAUGCAGAGACUAACCCAGGGAUCUUGAGCGCGUAUGUUUUUCUGGUUUUGUUGCUCAAAUCCGCCGUUUUAAUAGUGAAAGCCUCAUCCCCCUACCUGGUGUCUUCCACUAAUUUUUCUGUUUUGCUAGUUGUUGUAGAAGUUCACCUUCCUAUACUAAAUUCCAUGCUUGUUUAUUAAUUUCAUGUGUUAAAUUCAGUGAUGCAGAAGCAAAGACGAUUCCUCAACAAUUUAUUUACCUGUUGUGAUUGUAAUCGUUUUUUGCUCCUAUAUACGCUUUCUAGUUUACACAGAUUAUUAUCUUAGGCUUGGCAUAAAGUUCAGGGGUGUUAUAUGGUAGUGAUGCACGUAUGUAUGGAUGGACGGAUGGAUGGAUAUGUAUACUACUUAUGUAUGCAUGUAUCUAGGUGCAUAUGUGCAUACAUAAUUUGUA